AUGUUACCAACAGUUCUAUCAAACAUCGUCAUCCUCCCCUUGCUCCUCCUAAUCUCAAUCCCACUCGCCCUAUCGGCCUCUAUCACCGCAACUCUAGCUCUAGGGACGCUAUUCAUUCGCGCUCUAGUCGUAUACUUUGAACUAAGCCUUGCAUUGCUCGCAAACUUCUUCUUGUUUCCGGCUCAUUCACCUGCGUCUGGGUCAUUUCUUGCGCUUACAGAGGGGAGUUCCCCGGCAGUUGAGCAGACGGCAGCUUAUGGGAGGACGAGCAAGUAUGGUCAUCAGCAGACGGGUCUUGUGAAGUCGCGCAGGGGGUCGUGGUCUUCGAAGGAAGGUGUUGUGGAGGAUUACUUCUUGCAUCAUAAUCAUCCGCAACACACCCAUGCUCCAAUAAUACACUCAUCUCACGAAGCACUUUCAAGCUUCAUUUCCGGCAAUGCGGAGCGCGACUUUGAAGGUGUUGGCGGCUGGCGGACACCCCUACCACGAAAGAAGCAUCGUCAAACAUCAUCCCUCUCAUCCCCCCCGAGUUAUAACAAUAGCAGCGAAGACGAGCUGUUAUUCGAUAGCGACGAUGACGAGGCUUGGUUGUCAAUCAAUAAACGAUUGGAAUUGCCAUCAAGACCGUUUAAUAUCGCCUCGCCAAUGCUCUCGCCUAACCUAGUGACGAUGACGGCAAUGGAAGAUCAGAGUCGAAAUCAUCAUCAUCACCACCAUCAAGCUCACCAACAGCAACAACAACCAAACCCGCAAAGACCUAAAUUCCACAGACGGUCCAAAACAUCACCUUUACUCCCAACACAGAAAUCCCCCUCCCCCUCGUCCUCCUCCACAACAGCACCUGUUCCACCGAACCGAGGAGGACACCAGCUUCAAACCUCCAAAUCUAGCGCGGGUCUCAAUGCCCUCUCAUCCCCUUCUCGACCAUCAUCCUCAUCACUGACACCAUCCUUACCUGUGUCCGCUUGGCAUGAUAUCGGCAGUCCUCUGCCCAUGACAUCAUCAUUCUUAGGUCUUGGGGCGGAUAAAAUGGUGCAUUACUAUCAUCAACAACCUUUGGUGGGACGACAGGCACGGAGGCGGAGUUCGGGGGGUUCGUCGGCGGCGGCGAAGACUAUACCUUUGACUGGGUUGGGGUUGACCUGA